UGCAUUGUCUGUAAUCCUACCUUUCUUUUCGAAAUAGGAAGAAUAUAUCCAAUUCAGUUCAUAGUCCGAGCUUGUUUAAUAUUUCCAUUUUCAUGAAUGAUUGUUGCUAACUUUAUGAGUUUCCACUCUCAGAUACCCAAACCCCUGAAAAAGUAGCAACUCUUGCCAAAAAAAUCCAUGGAAACGCUUCACUCCUGUAAGCUUCAGCUUCAUCUCCAACUCUGUCUUCUCUUACCUCUCCAUUUCUCUUCACUUCUGCUUCUCUCAUCAGCUUACAGUGUUCCUGAUAAGUACUUCAUCAACUGUGGAGCGUCCGACAAGAUAACCUCUGCCGAUGGCCGGCGGGUUUUUGUUGGCGACCGACAUUUCUCUGCUAGAAAAGGCAAAGCUGUCAAAAGCAGCAACUCAUCAACAGACCCUCUGUAUCAAACAGCAAGAGUUUACGAAAAGACAUCCUCAUAUAAGUUCGACAUCAACGAGAACGGUACAUACAUAGUACGCCUCCAUUUCUUUGUUUUCUCUUCAUCUAUUGAUCUGUCUGUUGCUCUGUUCGAUGUUUGGGCUUCUGGGUUUUCACUUUUGACAAAUUAUAGCAUCCGAAACAUUACUUCUCCAAGGAUUGAGGAAUUCUUGCUCACCAUCCCAAAAGGAAAUUUUAAAAUUUACUUCAUACCUUCUCCAGAGUCAUCUUUGGCUUUCGUAAACGCCAUAGAAGUCUUUCCUGCCCCUGACGACUUCUUCCUCGAUGAAACCACUCGCAUAACAUCUACAGGAGAUAAUGUUACCUACCGUGGUUUGAUCUCUCAGGCUCUACAUACAAUCUAUAGGAUCAACUUUGGAGGUGGCUAUAUCAAAGACAAAGAUGAUGAUUUAUGGAGGAAUUGGGAGCCAGAUGAUAGUUACUUACUCAGAUCGGUGAAUAUUACUAACAGGACCGAUGGCCCACCGCCUAAUUACCAGACUGGAAGCCGGGUGACCAGGUAUUUUGCCCCAGAUUUUGUCUAUCGGACAGCCAAAGAGUUGAAUGAAAGUCGUAGCAGCAAUUCCGUUUCAAAUGCAACUUGGAGUUUUCCCGUCAAUAAUAAUGCUACACACUUUGUUCGGGUCCAUUUUUGCGACAUAGUAAGCACAACACGUAAUGACUUGUGGUUCAAUCUCUAUAUCAAUAGGAACUAUAGUAAGAUGAUCUGGCCUUAUGAUAUAAUUCCAAAUCAGCUGGCUGCUCCAUUCUGCUUCGAUUUUGUGGUUGAUUCAGAUGAUUCAGGAUUUAUGAAUGUUAGUAUAGGCGUGCUGCAGAACUCAACCACUCGUGAUGCCUUUUUGAAUGGGCUGGAGAUUAUGGAGUUCAUGGAGAAAUCAAGUUCCAUUCCUAUGGAAAGUGAAUCAGAAAGGAAGAAGUUCUCCCCCAUUAUAAUUGGUCUUAUAAGCAGUGGGGCAUUUGUCAUUUUGGUAGUGGUGGUGGCCACGGGAUUGAAAUGCAGGAAACAAGAGCCUGAUCAAAGUUUGGUAGAACUUCUUUAUGGAGGGUUUAAUUCAAACAACAGGUCGAGUGAAAGUUCUCUUGCAUCCCUUGCUCCUAAUCUAAACUUCAGUUUAAGGAUAUCUUUUGCAGAAAUACGGCGUGCAACUGGGAACUUCAAUGCAAAACAUUUGAUUGGUAAGGGUGGAUUUGGGAAAGUCUACAAAGGAACUCUUCGGGGUAUGACAGUGGCUGUGAAACGAAGUGAAGCAGGGCAUGGGCAGGGUCUUCACGAAUUCCAAACGGAGAUCAUGGUGUUAUCUCAAAUCCGCUACAAGCAUUUAGUAUCUUUGAUUGGGUAUUGCGACGAAGGGUCUGAGAUGAUACUGGUUUAUGAGUUCAUGGAAAAGGGGACUCUCAGAGAAUAUCUGUAUCGUACAGAUGGCAUUUCUGAUAAAUCGUCUUCACUAUCUGAAUUAUCUUGGAUGCAAAGACUUGAAAUUUGCAUUGGUGCGGCAAGGGGCCUAGAUUACCUACAUACUCAGGCAGGAAGAAUCAUACACCGUGAUGUGAAGUCAACGAACAUUCUGCUUGGUAAAGAUUAUGUGGCAAAAGUUGCUGACUUUGGCCUUUCAAAGUCAGGGCCUCCUGAUCCAGAACAUUGCACCAUGGCUGUAAAGGGUAGCUUUGGUUAUUUUGAUCCAGAAUACUUUACAACUCAACAAUAUACCGAAAAAUCUGAUGUCUACUCCUUUGGAGUUGUACUUUUUGAAGUUCUUUGUGCUAGAGCGCCUAUUGACAACUCAUUUCCGGAGGAAGAGGUGUCCCUAACUGAUUGGGUGAUGAAGCUGCAUAGGGAAGGCCGACUUGACAAAUUUAUUGAUCCCGUGCUAGUUGGGAAAAUUAAGGCUGGUUCAUUGCGGACGUUUAGUGAAACUGCUAUGAAGUGCUUGAAGCAAAAUAGUAUUGAGAGGCCUAGUAUGCAUGAAGUGGUGUAUGACUUGGAAUACGCACAACAGCUUCAGGAACCUGUCAUGCACAGAGACCAACAUGAAGUCAGCACGACAAAUAUUACUUCAUUGGAGGGGUUGCAGUUUCCUGCUGCUUGGAAUUUUCCUCUUCAGGAAGAUGAUGAAACACCCAUUGAAGGGGUUGAUGAUUCUGAUGCAGCGGCUACUGAAACUGUGAAAUCUAAAUCCAAUUGAGGAAUGAAGUUGCCAGCUCGUCUCCAUUAUUUGGGGUAAAUUGCUAUCAAUGUGUCAUUGCUCGAUGCUCUAGUCUCUAUUGCUGUCGUCCUUUUUAUUUUUCGUUUUAAUAUUAUUAUUCCUUUUUCUAGCGCUUAAUUAAUUUCAAAAAGUGUUGAAAAAGACUUCUAUUUUCUCCUCGAUCUCUUGGAGUUUUAUUCUCUCCUAUUUGAAUGUUUCACUUGAGAUGGAGGGCAUCCUAAUCCUCCUGGGUGUGGAUAACUUGCACAAAUAAUAACCAUGAUUUAAUGAAA